UCUCUUUGAUCAUUGAUGUUGAUGAUUUCCAAUUUUAUUUGUUAUCGUGAGUUCAGAUAUUUUGUAUUUUGUGGUUGUAGUUUAUAAAAUAUUGUGGAAUUUCCGUUGAUACUUGUUCCUAUUUUUCUUCCACACAAUUGUGUCAUAUGUAUACUAUUUGAUUUCCUAUUACAACAGCCCACUACGAAAAUGAUGGAUUGUAUUGAAGAUGGCAGCAAUGAUCCUCUCACAGCCCAAGUUUCGACGACCUCAUCAGGAGACUCCAAUGUGGAGAAGAAAAAACCAACAGACAACAUGCCUCUGGCUGACAAUAGUUUGGUGGUAGAUAUAUCAGAUGCUCUAAGUGAAAAAGAAAAAGUGAAAUUCACUGUGCACACAAAGACAACACUACCAGAGUUUCAGAAGUCUGAGCUGCUGGUUGUACGGCAGCAUGAGGAAUUUGUCUGGCUACACGAUAGAUACGAGGAGAAUGAGGAGUAUGCUGGCUAUAUUAUACCGCCCGCACCACCUCGACCAGACUUCGACGCGUCGAGGGAGAAACUACAGAGACUGGGAGAAGGAGAGGGCGCUCUCACACGAGAAGAGUUUCUGAAGAUGAAGGAGGAGUUGGAAGAUGAAUACCUGGCGACAUUCAAGAAGACAGUGGCUAUGCACGAGGUGUUUCUUCAGCGUUUGGCAACACACCCGGUGUUCAAACAAGAUUCGCACCUCCGCGUGUUUCUUGAGUAUGAGCAGGACUUGUGCGCGAAGCCCAGAGGGAAAAUGGACCUCCUUGGUGGGCUGGUUCGUUCCAUGACCACAACGACGGAUGAAAUAUUUCUGGGUGCAACUGUUCGGGAUGUGAAUGAUUUCUUUGAGCAAGAGACCUCAUUCCUGCAGGAGUACUACUCGCAUCUCAAAGAAGCAGUCACUAAGGUUGACCGAAUGACAGCGAAGCAUAAAGAAGUAGCAGAUGCUCAUAUUAAGCUGUCGUCGUGUAUCACUCAGCUGGCCACGAGAGAGGCGCCAUCUGCCGAGAGGUUCCUCACCAGAGCCGCAGACACCUUCGACAAGUGUCGGAAAAUCGAGGGUCGCAUGGCGUCAGAUCAGGACUUGAAGUUGGCCGAUACUCUCAGAUACUACAUGAGAGAUACCCACGCGGCGAAGGCGGUGCUUGUUAGAAGACUCAGAUGCCUCGCGGCGUACGAGACGGCCAACAAAAACCUGGAAAAAGCACGCGCCAAGAACAAGGAUGUGCAUGCUCCGUUGGAAGUACAAGAGGCAGAACAAGCUCAGACGGAGGCGUGCGCUCGUUUCGAGCAGCUGUCAGCUCGCGCCAGGGAAGAGCUGAUAGACUUCCGCACCAGGCGUGUCGCUGCCUUCAAGAAAAGUUUGAUUGAUCUGGCCGAAUUGGAAAUAAAACAUGCACGCAACCAACAAGACUUAUUCAAGAAAUCCCUGCUGAUACUGCAAGAUUGUCAAUAGUUUUCCCGACUGUCUCGUCCCGUCGGGACAGUGGGACUCCCAACGCUUUGCAAACGUGUUGAAUGAGUGGGCGCUGUCUAUAUUGUCAACAUUAUAGUUUACCCCUUAUAUAAUUUAUACAUCUAGAUAGAGCCUCUAGCUGAUAGACAACCGGUGAAAACAGGGCAGGGUUUAUUAUUUUAGUGUGUGUGACAAGCCACGUCUUACACUCGCGAUUUGUAUGUCACUUUGUGUUAGUGAGCAUAGCUCAAAAAAGAGGUUAACUGUCAACCUCAAUGUUUUUCGACGUUUUCCCAGUUGUCGCAGUCUUUCUAGACGGAUAAAUGAUCUAAGGUGUUCCCAUCUUGCAGGGAGAAAUGUUUUUACUUUUUAUCAAUUGUUUUUUAAUAUGAGCAAUUAUUGUUGUGCUUAUAAAGUUAUUCGAAAUAGCUUUAUUCCCGCACGUACAAUGAAAUUUUUGACUAUUUUAAGUUGUUUGUACAUCCUGUUAAAAAACGUAUAUCAAGCAGUGAGAACAUAUAAAUAUUGAUUUUCAGGACAUAGGCACAUUGAAAAAAAGUAGAAAUUACGUACCCAAUUAUAAAAUCUUGGACACCUCUUCCUGCGGCCAUUUUAUUUUUUCCCCGCCCACACACCCAUUUCAUUCAUGUACCUGCGAAGCUGCGCUAUGUAUCACUUUUUAUAUCGUACACAUUUUUAGUUUUUAAGUUAUCUCUCAAAUGGCAAAAUGCCAUGUAACGUAUUCCAAUAUUAAUUACAUUUUAAGGUAAAUAUUUAAAAUUGUUUUAAUUAUUGUAUUUCUAUAAGAUAUUUUUGUUAUACUUACUUUAAAUAAAUGAAUAUAAUGAA